GAUCGACAAUGUCACGAGCGCUAAAGUCAAAGACGGGGCCGGGGAGAUGCGCUAGUGGAGAAUCACGAGCAGUUAGGCCCAGUAUAUUUGAAGCUAGUGGACCGGUAGCGGGGCCUACAGUACACAUUGAGUUCGGCUAUAUGGGGUAUGAGGACUGCUAGCUUCCAGGACCCUCUCCUGCACGGUUGAGAUCAAAGGUGAACUUGUCAGAUACUGCUCGUGAGGGACAGAAACUACCAAUUAGAAUUCAUGCAAGGUGUUGAUUCGACCGGUCUGGUCUCCCGCAAUCACCCUUUUCCUUGCUUGCCGACCAUUUGGAAAUGCAGAUCGGCACUGUACAGUAUUGGAUCUCUCUCCUGCUUCUCGGAGGUUGCAAAGGCUCAAGCCGAGAAGCAAUAAUGAUUGCUAACUCGGCAAAUAUUGUCCAUAAGGCUCCUGACCUACCAGAGAAGUACAUUAUUGGAACCCUCCCCCAGCUGUAAAUCGUUUCUCCAAGCAGCUUCAUUCUCUAUUCGGUCUUCAGUCCCUCGUUUUUGCUGUUCGCAGCGUCCAUUCGUUCAUAACGAUACACUCUUUUAACAAACUAUAUAUUUAUUUCUUUCGACACAAUGAAGCAGUCUAUUAUUACGUCCCUCGUCGCCCUUGCGGCUUCCGCCUCGGGUGUGUACGCCACCGAGAGCCUGAUCAGCGUGCCUGUUGGACUCUGCACCGCCGUCCUUGGAGAGGUUGAGUGCAAGCAGCAGAGCACCUCCAACGGCCUGAUCAACGUCCCUGUUAAUGCCUGUAUUGCCGCCCUUGGAAAGGCCAAGUGCGACCAGGCUUCCUCCUCCAGCAGCGAUGGUGGCUCCCUGAUCAACGUCCCCGUCAACGUCUGCCUGGCCGUCCUCGGCGAGGCUCAUUGCCACCAGAGCUCCGACUCUGGCAGCGGUCUGAUCAACAUCCCCGUCAACGCCUGCAUUGCUGUUCUUGGCAAGGCCGAUUGUGACCAGGCGUCUUCCUCUAGCAGCAAUGGGGGCUCCAGCACUGGUGGCUCUGACAAAGGUGGCUCCCUGAUCAGUGUGCCUGUCGGGCUUUGCACUGCCAUCCUUGGAGAGGUUGAAUGCAAGCAGCAGAGCGCCAGCAACGGCUUGAUCAACGUCCCUGUUAAUGCCUGCGUUGCUGUCCUCGGAAAGGCCAAGUGCGACCAGGCCUCCUCCUCCAGCAGCAACGGUGGCUCCCUGAUUAACGUCCCCGUCAACAUUUGCGCGGCUGUCCUCGGCGAGGCUCACUGCCACCAGAGCUCCGACUCUGGCAGCGGUCUGAUCAACAUCCCCGUCAACGCCUGUAUUGCUGUUCUUGGAAAGGCUACUUGCGACCAGGCCUCUUCUUCCAGCAGCGGUGGUAGCCCCGGCAACGGUGGCUCCUUGAUCAGCGUGCCUGUCGGGCUUUGCGCUGCUAUUCUGGGAGAAGUUGAGUGCAAGCAGCAGAGCACCUCCAACGGCUUGAUCAACGUCCCUGUCAACGCCUGUAUUGCCGCCCUCGGAAAGGCCAAGUGCGACCAGGCUUCCUCCUCCAGCAGCAACGGUGGCUCCCUGAUUAACGUCCCUGUCAACAUCUGCCUGGCUGUCCUGGGCGAGGCUCACUGCCACCAGAACUCCGGCUCCGGCAGCGGUCUGAUCAACAUCCCCAUCAACUUGUGCCUUGCUGUCCUUGGCGAGGCCGAUUGCCAGGACUGCUCGACCAAGACCCUCACCAUCAUCGACUCGUCCACUAUCCCUGGCAGUGUCCCAACCGGCGCUAUCACCGUGACUGCUACUGGCACUGGCUCCGAGACCUCUACGACUGCUGUCGGCACUUUGCCCUCUAUCUCCGGCGUCCCCGCCCCAUCUGGACCUUCUGGAACCUCUGGACCUGCUGGACCUUCUGGACCUGCCGGACCUUCCGGUGCCCCUGGCGUCUCUGGUCAAACUCCCGGUCGCCCCUCUGCCUCGCGCCCUGCCGCUGCUACCGUGACCGUUCACAGCACCACCACUAUCUGCUCCUCCAGCGCUGCCGGUGUCAAGACCUCUUCUAUCCGCCGUGUGCCUUCUUCUGCUCCUACUGGGCCCGCUGGCUCCGGCUCCGGCUCCACUGCUGGAAGCGCUAGCACCCCCAGCUCCACUCCUGUCUUCAACGCCGCCGGCCGUGCGACCCUGUCGGGUGUCGCCGUUGUCUUCGGCGCUCUCUGCGCUGCUGUCAUGCAGUUCUGAGGAACCAAUUAAGUCUGUCUAGCGGACAAACACAGCAUCUACUGGUGACGGCUAGUACUUGCAUCCAUCAUUCCUAAAUGUUGAUACGCUGCUCUUCGUGCUGGACAAUAAGUCCAUGAUCUCUUUUUACUUCUAUUCUUAAUGGGCUGAAGGGCCUUGAUUCAGUAACUUAUUACUGUGAUACCUCUCUGAACUAGGUCUUUUCUUCUAGCAUUUCACGUUUUCCAUGUAGAUACGAGAAACUUCCUGCUUGUAUGAUGUUAAGCGGCUGUUUUGUCAAACUGAUUCGCAGAACUCUCAUUCAUAAUUUAAUAGUAAUAUUUAAUCAAACGCAAAGCAAAUAAUCC